AUGAAAUCCAUUUCUUCCAAAACCUCACUCAUGGGAGUCCGCAUGGUCCGCAAACAAGGCAUCACUCAUCCCUUUGGCGAUCAUCGAUCCGUCAAUCAAGCCUUUCCAGCCGCCAUUCCUUCCAAAGCGAGUGAUCCAUUUUUAAUGUGCGAUUACUUUGCCAUGAUGGAAGGGAAUGGUCCCGUCCAAGAUCCUGAUGAUUUUCCAGUCGGUUGGCAUCCUCAUCGUGGUUUUGAUAUUGCGUCGUACCUCAAGAGUGGAACUGGUAGGCAUGGGGAUUCCUUGGGGAAUCGAGAAACUUUCGAGACACCUGGGAUGCAAUGGAUGAGCACGGGAUCGGGGGUCGAACAUGCCGAAGGAGGAGCGACGGAAAAGGGAAUCUUUAUGCGUGGCUUUCAAAUUUGGAUCAAUGUACCGUCCCAACACAAAAUGGACGACCCCAAGUAUGGAACGGUCCCCUCGCAAGAUUUGCCAUUGGUCAAGCUGACUGCUGAUGAAGGUGAAAAUGCCACGGCUCGUGUGUUGGCGGGCAAUCUGUUGGGGGCCAAGGGACCCUUUGCCACGGUGCAGCCCGUGGAAAUGGUCGACUUUGAAUUGUCGCCCAAUGCCAUUGUGGAAUUUGAUAUUGGAUCCAACAUGGAUACGGCCAUGCUGUAUGUCUACCAAGGUAGUUUGAAGGAUUUGAAUGGCAAGGGCAAAGUCGGAGAAGGGUUUAUUUGCCUUUUGGAUGCGGAUUUGGACAUGGACACCAAACGGGCGAUCCGGUUGGAAGCAGCACCCGACGAGGAAAUAGAAGAAAAUGGUGACGGCGAGCCAAAGAAAGUGGGAGUCAUGCUCUUUGCUGGAAAGAAACUAAAUGAAGAAAUUGCUUGGCAUGGACCCAUCGUCAUGAAUACCCAACAAGAGGUGAGAGAGACUUUGAUGGAAUUGCGAAUGGGUCAAUUUCCUCCGAAUCGAGUACCAUGGGACUACAAACGGUUGAGUGAAUUUCCACACGCUGCCGCCGAAGAAAAGAGUGAGUUGUAG